CUUUCAUUCAGUCGGCAGACAAAAGUAGGCUACUCAGAAAACGUACUUCUCCGUCAACUGAGUAGCCUAGCUGACAGCCCUCCCCUUUAUUCGCCUCUUCGCCCUGGCGGUGAUCAUUGGAUUUGAGUGCCCUGGAGACUCCACGAAGAGGGAGUGAAAUAGGACUUCAUACCGGGAUCAUGGCGGCGCCGCUCGGGCGGGAGACCUUACCUGAGCACUGGUCCUACGGUGUCUGCGGGGAUGGCAGGGUGUUUUUCGUUCACGAUGAAACGAACACAACUGCUUGGCUCCAUCCGCAAACGGGCGAACCUGUCAAUUCCGGACACAUGAUACGGUCAGAUUUACCUCGAGGAUGGGAAGAGGGUUUCACGGACGAAGGGGCCAGCUACUUCAUAAACCAUAACCAGAGGACCACGACGUUCCGGCACCCCGUGACGGGACAGGUGUCUCAGGAGAACGUUGGUUUUAUCCUCCAAGAACAGCCCGGCGGCCGCAUGUCAAACCCCCAGCAAGCCGACCUGCGGCCCUCCAGCACCAUCAGCGAGGCUUCCACCGCCGUCACCACCUCCACCGUGGACACCACCUCGGGGUCAAAGGGCUCCAGGUCCAGUGGGAGGGUGCACAGUUUUGGGAAGCGAGAGCAGUCCAUCAAGCGGAAUCCCAACGUCCCUGUGGUGGUGAGAGGAUGGCUCUACAAACAGGACCGCUCUGGCAUGAGGCUUUGGAAGAGGAAGUGGUUUGUGCUGGCUGACUACUGCCUGUUCUACUAUAAAGACAGCAGGGAGGAGUCAGUCCUGGGUAGUAUUCCUCUGCCUAGCUAUGUCAUCUCAGCCGUGGAGCCUGAGGACCACAUCAGCCGCAAGUACGCCUUCAAGGCCAACCACACGGGCAUGCGCUCGUACAUUUACAACCGGAGCACUGUGAUUGACUCGCAGGCGGAGCACGGCGGCAUGCGGACGUACUUCUUCAGCGCCGACACGCAGGAGGACGUGAACGGCUGGGUGAAGGCCAUGAACCAGGCGGCGAUGAUGCAGAACCAAACCGACAGCCUCAGGAGGCCGUCGGAGAAAUCGGAAAUGCCCAACACGUCGGAACGCGAGGGGGUCCCCCAAACCAACCACGUCAACAACUACACAAAGAACUCACGCGAACCCCGAGCCAACCUCCAUCUCCAUGGCGAUGGAGUGGUCUUCGAACCUGCCGACAUCCAAGAAACCGAGGAGCGCCGUAGCUUCCGGAACGACACACUCAAUCCCAUCACUUCCAAGAUUCCUUCCCUCGGCGGCGGAAGCGUGGAAAUUGAAAUGGACGCCGUCCCUCCUAGCGGUCUCCCUCCCUUUCCCUCCCUACCUCCAGACUCAGCCUCCGCACCCACAUCCGCGCCCCCCUCCAGGGCACCAUCACGUGCUCCGUCGCGCGGCGCCUUCACCCUGCCCCCCGGGGCCUGUCUGAGGAACGGGACACCCACUCCGGAACCCAACGGGAUGGGGACGGGGACGUACCAGAGGGCCACGCUGCCACCCCAGGUGGUUGACACUCAAAGGCAGGUGCAGAGGAGGAGCGCCCUGGAGCAGGUGGAGCACUGGGUCAAGGUGCAGAAGGCCGAGCACAAAGGCCCCCCCUCGAGAGGGGGCACCCUCCACCGUCUCAGCCCCCCGACUCAGCCCAAGUUCAUCGGCCUGGAGGCCUACCAGACGCUGCCAAAGACCCCCCACCGCAGCCCCCCCGCCGCCGCGCGCCAAGGGGAGUACAAAUACGCACAGGACCGCCUCAGCCACUUCCGACUCGGACCCUCAGACCCCCAGGGUACCGGCGCCAGGGAUGGGGGUGGCAUCGGUGGGCCUGGCACCGUGUGGCAGCUCUACGAGUGGCAGCAGCGCCACCAGUUCCGCCACGGCAGUCCCACCGCCCCCCUCUACACACCUGCCCCGGACUACCCCUUCGGGCCCAGGCCCCCCUCCACGGUGCCCCCCUCGGCCCCACGACCCAGUUCUGAGGUUCCCCGCUGUGUGUCGGUGCCCCCAGACCCCUCCGACAUCCUCCCACCGGGCCCGCCGGGCUCCAGGGCCCUGUCCCCCCCACGUAGGCCCCACACACCCGCUAACCGGGUGGUGGUAAUGCCCCGGGGGGAGAGAGAUGCACUGGACGUGCCGGUAGCUGGGUCCCCCCGAAGAGCCAAGUCUCAACUACUCAAGGCUGCCACCAUCGAGAGACGGUCCAUGCCUCCUUCCAACUACAUCACACACACGGUCAGCGCGCCCAGCCUUCACGGGAAAACGCCUGAGGAGCUCACCCUCCUGCUCAUUCAGCUCCGGAGGCAUCAGGCAAAGAUGGCCGCCGCACGCCACCACACGCUAACCCAGCUGCAGCACUUCAACUACACCCCUUCUGGCCCCCACUUCCUCACCACCAAAAACAACCCUCUCUUCUCCGGCCCUUCUUAUAUGGGGCCCUUCCUAGGCCCCUCAGGCCCCAUGGGCCACGGCAGCAGCAGCCAGGUGGGGGCCCCCAGUACGCCUGGUCUUCUUUACCCCACCAAUGUUGACGAUACGUACAUGCAACUGAAGAAAGACCUGGAGUAUCUAGACUUGAAGGUGGUUGGAAGUCAGACGUUGAAAGAAGCAACGCGACCUGUCAGAGUAGCCGAGAGUGACGUGGACGUUAAACUCAGUCGGUUAUGUGAGCAGGACAAGACCCUGAAGGAACUGGAGGUCCGGAUCAGCUCACUGAAGGACGAUAAGGACAAGCUGGAGUCGGUGCUGGACGUGUCCCACCAACAGAUGGAGCUGUACAGAGACCAGGCGACCCACCUGGAGAAGAUAGCCUACCAGCAGAGACUCCUACAGGAGGACGUGGUGCACAUCAGGGCCGAGAUCUCCAGCGCAUCCACGGAGAUGGCCCGGGCCUGGGAGGACUACAGCAGGCUGGAGAGCUCCGUGGAGCAGUUGAGGGCCGUGCUACAGGCACGCAUGAACCACAGCGCCACCCCUCAGCAGGAGAAAACAGAGAUAAAGCGGGAGCUGUGGAGGAUAGAGGACGUGAUGGCAGGACUGAGCGCCAGCAAAGCAAACUACAAGAUCACAAUCGACUCGGUGCAGAACCCAGAGAGGAAACUAGUGGCUUCAGUGUCGGACCCUGCAGUGCCUUCGCAGAGCGCGACGCCCCCCGUAGGGGAGGUUAGGCCCCCUCCUCGCAGCUCCUACACGCUGCCUCACAACCCCGUGCCAAAAUGGGCAGAAGAUGAGGCUCCUCCCAGACCACCCCUGCCCAGCCUCUACGAUUAUGAAGACCCGCCCCCCGCCAUCCCACCCCUCCCCAAAGAGGCGUCGGUGGUAGUACGACACACAUCGGUUCGCUGUCUCAAACGCCAGUCGGACGAGAGGAAGAGAGACCGAGAGAGCGGAGGGUGUGUCAACGGAGACUUUAAAGUGGAGCUGCGGUCAUACCUGAGUGAACCAGAGCUGCCAGGGACGGGCCAGAGCAGCACAGGGUCUGAGGGGGGCUACCAGACCCUCCCAAACAAAGGUCUGUCGGGCUCAUCGCCGAGGCUGAACCAGUCCAGUAACAUCUCCUCCUACGUGACCCUGAGGAGAGGGGUGGCCGCCUCUGCAGAGAGGGAGAGACCUAAGAGUGCUUUGGAGCAGCUGUACUCCUCUGGCCAGCAGCCCCAGCCUCUGGCCCAGGCCCCCCGGGGCCGCAUGAGUGCAGAGGAGCAGCUGGAGCGCAUGAAGAGGCACCAGAGGGCCCUGGUGCGCGAGCGCAAGAGGAACCUCAGCCAGGGAGAACGCCACUCCAACACUGCUCAUCGUACCCCCUCCUCCACCAGGGCUCUCUCCUCCACUGACCUGGGCUCAUGGAGGCAAGAGCAGGAGGACUUUGAUUUGCAGCUGGAGCAGAAAGCUCAGGUGGAAGAGCGACAGGUUGCCGAGGGCCAGAGCGACGAGGGGCGGCGCGAGCUGAAGGAAAAGAGGAUCCAAUCAGACGAGUGGCUCUCGGUGAUGGCCUUGCCCAUGAUGGCCACGCCCAUGAGGGAGACGGACAUGGAGCCCCUCGACUACGACCUGGAUAUCAGUCGUGAGCUUUCCAAGCCCCAAAAGGUGUGUAUCCCAGAGCGCUAUGUGGAGUCAGACCCCGAGGAGCCUCUGAGUCAGGAGGAGAUGGAGGAUCGUCAACGCAGAGCAGAACGCAUCAAAAACAUCCUGGCCAAAUCCAAUUUCCAGAACAUACACCCGUCGUCUGGCGUGUCUGUCCCACUGAACUUCACUGAUUUGGACAUAGCCAUGCAGCAGCAGGAGAGGAUCAUGACUGUGUCCCACGCCUUGGCCUCCGAAGCCUCCGUUAAGAGCAAGCAGUUCACAGAGAGCGAGAUGCUGGGGAGAUGAACAGAUCUAGUGAAGCCAAAGCUCAGCUGAGCUCUGACUGACUGUUGACUCAGGCGCCAACAGGACCUCCGUGUGGAUGAAAAUUGUUUGUGGAGUUCACUGACAAAAGCAAAGUGAUUUUGUAUUAGGCUUUUUAUUAGAGCUAAAACAAUAUGCUUUUUUUUAAAGAACCAAAAAUUGUUAUUUGAAACUCGAGCAUUUGAAACCACACUGCGUGUACCUAAUGUUAAGGUUGAAUUGGAGUUGUUUUUACAUGCUUUUGCACUUUUAUGGCGUGUUGUGUGUGAUUAUUAACACCUACUAGUUUUUGCAAUAGAGAAUAAUUAGCUGUUUUUUUGCAGUGUGGUCUAUAUUUUCAACAAAAAUUAAGUUCAAAGCAAUGUUUUCUAAGGUCGCAGAUAGGGAAAUGUAUUUAUUUUGAGUAAUGAAAGAAUCUUGCACCAAAUGUUACUUUUUGUAGCUCAGCAAUGCCACCUAAUGCUUUGGCCAAUCAACUGUAUUGUGUAAUUUAAAAAGGAAAGAAACCAUACUGGUGUUUUAUUGAAAUAAAGGUUUUAACAAAA